UCCUUCUGAUGUAUCCUUGGAAGAUCAAUGUAGCCUAACACUACGUCACAAUGCUGACAUCGUGCACCUCACUUCAUCUCCUCAUAUGGGCAUUUUAUCAUCUCACACCAUCACAGGAAGAAAAAGAGAACUGCCAUACUGUUUUCUAUAGCGGUGUCAUCAGUUAGAGUUGUGUCAGCAGUGCACCAGAGUUCCAAUUUCUCCAGAUCGAAGGCUGGAUUCGCCAGGAAGCAAAUUCUGAGAUGAAGAUUGGGAUGCAAGAUUCAUGCUCUUCCAACUGAGCCAGCCAGGCACCCCUAGAAUCUGUGAGAGAAGUUGCAAUGGUUUGCUCAGCUCUCAGGAGAGUUGCCCAUAUGCAUGUUUACCUGGUGAGGAAAGCCAGUAGUGUCUCCAAAGGCCAUCAUCAUCAUCAGGCCUUGGGCUCGAGACCUGCUGCUUCAGAGUUUGCUGCCCGAGGAGCUCCAGGCAGUGUGGUAGAGCUGCUGGGCAAAUCUUACCCUCAGGACGACUAUAGCAACCUGUCCCAGAAGGUCCUCUCCAGGGUUGGCAGGAAUCUGCACAACCAGCAGCAUCAUCCUCUUUGGCUGAUCAAAGAGAGGGUGAAGGAGCACUUCUACAAGCAGUAUGUGGGCCGCUUUGGGACGCCAAUGUUCUCGGUCUAUGAUGACCUCUCUCCGGUCGUCACCACCUGGCAGAACUUUGACAGCCUGCUCAUCCCACCUGACCACCCUAGCCGGAAGAAGGGAGACAACUAUUACCUAAAUGGGAAUCACAUGCUGCGAGCGCACACGUCCGCACACCAGUGGGACCUGCUGCAUGCUGGGCUGGAUGCCUUCCUGGUAGUGGGCGAUGUCUACCGGCGCGACCAGAUUGACUCCCAGCACUACCCAGUGUUCCACCAGCUGGAGGGCGUCCGACUCUUCUCUAAGCACGAGUUAUUUGCUGGCAUAAAGGAUGGAGAGAGCCUACAGCUCUUUGAACAGAGUUCUCGCUCGGCUUACAAACAAGAGACACAUACCAUGGAGGCCACUAAGCUCAUCGAGUUUGAUCUUAAGCAAACACUUAUCAGGCUUGUGACACAUAUUUUUGGAGAUGGACUGGACAUUAGAUGGGUAGAUUGCUACUUUCCUUUUACUCAUCCUUCCUACGAGAUGGAGAUUAACUUCCAUGGAGAAUGGCUAGAAGUUCUUGGCUGUGGAGUGAUGGAACAGCAACUGGUAAAUUCAGCUGGUGCUCAAGAUCAAAUUGGCUGGGCCUUUGGUCUAGGAUUGGAAAGACUGGCCAUGAUCCUCUAUGACAUCCCUGACAUCCGCCUCUUCUGGAGUGAGGAUGAGCGUUUCCUGAAGCAGUUCCGCGUGUCAGAUAUCAACCAGAAGGUGAAAUUUCAGCCUCUUAGCAAAUACCCUGCUGUGAUAAAUGACAUCUCAUUCUGGUUGCCCUCCGAGAAUUAUACAGAAAAUGAUUUCUAUGACUUGGUACGAACAGUUGGAGGAGACCUGGUGGAAAAAGUUGAUCUGAUAGACAAAUUUGAACAUCCAAAGACACACAAGACCAGCCACUGCUACCGCAUCACCUACCGCCACAUGGAGCGGACCCUGUCCCAGAGGGAGGUCAGGCACAUCCACCAGGCUGUGCAGGAGGCCGCGGUGCAGCUGCUGGGCGUGGAGGGCCGCUUCUGAUGCCACCGCCCGGACCAGGCCCGCAGACUCCGGGGCUCCAGGACUUGGGAGACAGAACAGGAUGUUGCUCGUGGACCACGGCAUCCGUAACGUUUUGAUAAAUGGGUCAGUUUUAGGACUUUCAGGAAAUAAAGGAUUGCUCUGGAGAAA